AUGUUUGGCUAAGCGGUAAAUUUGAAAACAACCCGUCGUUGCAAAUAUGCAGUUAUCGGAGCGGGGCUAGUUAGCGUUUAAAAAAAGACAGUAUCUUCAGCUAUAAGGGGUUAAUAGUUUUAUUAAAGAGUUUUAAAUGAGUCUAGUUUAACCGUAAACGUUGACCCUCGGACUUUUUGUGUUCAACAGGAAGAAACCAUGGACAUCAACUCUUAUUUUCAGGCCUUUGAGGCGAGUGUGCGCGGCUAUGCUGGAGAUGACCCGUUAGAUCCUUGGGAUAAGUUUGUGCAGUUUCUGGAUAGCAAGCUGUCGCUGGAAGAGGGGAAGGGCAUGUCUGUGGUGCUGGAGCGCCUGGUGCAGACCUUCCUUCAAGAUGAGCGAUACCACAACGACCCGCGAUACGUCGCUCACUGCAUCAGAUGUGCCAAUUUCUGCAGCGAUCCCAUCGAGGUGUACAGCUAUCUGCACGGCCGGGGCGUGGGGACGCAGACGGCGGCACUCUAUGUAGACUGGGCCUAUCAGUUUGAGAAGAGAGGUCAGCUGUCCCAGGCUGAGAUGGUGUACCAGAGAGCUCAGGAGAACAAGGCUCAGCCACAGGACAGUGUGCUGCAGCAGUACAUGGUUUUGCAGGCCCAGAUGUCUGUGAGCGCUCAGACAGCAGCAUCAGAUCAUGUGCGGCAGCCUCUGCAGAACUCGCAGCUGGUGAACCAGAACCCCAGACAGAGAGACGCUGCUCAGGACCAGCGCAAGGUACAGCUCCCGUCUACUACUGCAGAUCUCCAGGAUCUGGAAGUGUCCUCUCCUGCUCCUAAAAUGGUGCGCAUAAUCUCACGCUCGGAGAAUAACCCGGUCCGGACGGCCGGCGGUAACAGCGUGGAGUGUGUGUCCAUGUACUGUGUGAAUGAGCUGCAGUGUGAGGGAUCCGAGCUGUCUUUUGAGGAGAUCAGAGCCAGACGCUACUUUGCUAAACGUAGCCAACAGGAGAAACAGCGCCAGCUGGCUGAGAAGCAGCACAGGCUUUGGGAAGAGGAAGAGGAGGUGAGGAAGAUGAAGCAGCUCUUGGAUGAUCUGGAGAAGAACGUGACUCUACAGCCAGCAGAGCAGAGAAAUCCAGCAGCGGCUUCUCUUACGGGAGCGGCGUUACACCAGGUUGAAGCCCCUGAGCCGGUGUGGUCCUCCAGGCCUCAGACAGGACUGCAGCUCCAGACGGAGCUCUCCGCAGGGCAUGCUGGGACACGGGACAACAGUGUAGCCGAGUCAAGCCAUCCACUGACGGCUUCGUUACCCAGUGCAGCCUGCGAGAGUCUGCUGGGACAGAUGGACCGAGCGCCAGAGAGCACAGCAGUGCCAUGCCACAGCACGUCCCUGAUCCAGAGCGACAACACCGCGCCUGAAGCGUGUGCUCGGGGAGACGCGGAUGUGAUUGCAGACACAUCAUGUAGUGGGUUCAGUCACUCCCAUGUCACUCCAAACACAUCUCUGGGUUUCGCUCACGCCACACCAUCCCGAGCUCUUCCUUCUCCCACUGUGAACACACGGGAGGCUUUGGGUGUGAUCAUGGACAUGUUUCAGGCUCCCACCCUGCUCCAAGAGACCAUGUUCAACAGCUUCGUUCUGCCGGAGGACAGUUUUGAGAAGAGCUGCAGAAUCAGCAGCGCCCCCUCAUGUGUUAAAGCUCCCAGCACGACUCCAUUCAUGAUUUACCAGGACAAAGAUGAGCAGGAGAAUGGAGGUUCUGACCAGGACCGCAGCGAACCGCCGCAGAGCCGAGUACUGAUGGAGAUCCCAGUGUCCAAAGCCAAUGACACUCCGGUCAGCGCAGAGUCUAUGACGGAUGAGAGUACCAUGUGGGGAGCGCGUAACGUCUCUGUAGGCCCGUGUCCCAACCACACCCGUGACUUCGCCCUGUCCGCUCAUCUGGUGUCCACGCCGCUCCACCCUCACGCGCCACACUCAUGGGACAUGGAGCAGGACCGAGAGGAAGCUGCAGGGGUCGGGGCCAUCAGCGGCUCGGAGGAAAACCCGUACAUGCGACAGCCCACCAAACUCAGUCCGAUCAUGGAGCAGAGUCCGGCGGAGGAGAAGCCAUCAGAGCUGGCGGAGUGCAGCAUGCGCGCUCAGGGCACUAUUGUUGGGGAAGGGGUGUCGUUAGCUCAGCCGAGCCAAGGGCUUUCUCUGGCCCAGCUCAGCCAAAGCUCCUGCAGCAGCAGCAGACACCCCCUGGCUGCCCUGUCCUUCCCCGAGCACACGGCCCUGAGGAGCAGCACCAGGCCGAGCUGGAGCGUUUAUCAGAGCCCAGAGAAAGAGACGGACGCUCCGCGGGAUCCAGACGCAGCUGGUGCUCUCCUCCUGCCCAACAGCUCCUUUCACAGGCGCCAGUCGGGGAAGAAGCCAUCGGAGGAGAACCAGGAUGUCCCCAUGAGUCCGGAACCGCACUGGUUCCAGACCAGCAACUCGACUCUCGCAGCAGAAGCAGAUCUCGACGUCAUGAAGAGUCCUCCUGCGGUCUCUGGAGUCACCCAGGCCGCCUGGACCAUCUACCAGAGCCCUGAGACCGCUCCUGAGACGGACCUGCUGUGGGCGGUGGGCCCCGAGCUCGUGGCAGACCAGGAUUUAGAUGUGCUCUCCGCUCUCGAGGAGGGAGAUGUUCUGCUUCCCAAAAAACCGCUCCAGCGGCGCAAAUCAGGGCUGAAAGCGCUGCAGGCGCUGCACGAGUCUCUCCUGAUGAGUCCAAAGCAAGCCCCUGAACCGGCUCAGGGGGAGCCCAUGAGUCCGGCCCCGGCACCGGGUCUAGACUGGUUCAGCAGCCCUCAGCGGCCGAGUGAAGCGCAGAGCUCCAGGACCGCAGAGGCUCCCUCGAGCCCCAUGGACACAUCCAGAGCAGGCUGUGUCCAGCUGCUGUCUGACCCCUGGGAUGAGGAGCUGAUGGUGUCUCUGCUGUCCGGCCUGCAGCCUCCUCUCUCCUCCCAUCCCAACCUCACCGUCUGGAGCGGCCGCCUGCCCACCAUCACGCCCAAGAUGACUGUCCAGAUCGCCGGAGAGUCUCUGCGAGUGGACUGUGUUCUUGGACAGGGAGCGUUUGCCACGGUGUACCAGGCCACCAACCUCACGAGCACACACAAACUCUUCCUGAAGGUGCAGAAGCCAGCGAACCCGUGGGAGUUUUACAUCGACAGCCAGCUGAACACGCGUCUGCAGCCCGGUGUGCGGCACCUGUUCAACACCAUAUACUCCGGCCACCUCUUCACCAACGGCAGCGUGCUGAUCGGAGAGCUGCACAACUGUGGCACGCUGCUGAACGCUGUAAACCUGUACAAGAGCCGCAGCGAGAAGGUGAUGCCGCAGCCUCUGGUGCUGUACUUCACCGUCUGCAUCCUGCACAUGGUGGAGCAGCUGCAUCAGGCCAGGAUCAUACACGCCGACAUCAAGCCCGACAACUUCCUACUGGGAGAGAGGUUCCUGGAGAACGACUGCUUCCAGCAGGAUCACCUGGAGCACGGCCUGGCUCUGAUUGAUCUGGGGCAGAGCAUCGACAUGACGCUCUUCCCAGAAGGCACUGCGUUCACUGCCAAGUGCAUGACUUCAGGCUUCCAGUGUGUGGAGAUGCUGAGUGGCCGACCCUGGACCUAUCAGACCGAUUAUUUCGGCAUUGCGGGAACGGUCCACUGUAUGAUGUUUGGGACAUACAUGCAAGUUAAAAAGGAAGGUGACGUUUGGAGAACCAAUGGAGUUUUCAAAAGGAACGUUCACGCUGAUCUGUGGCAGGACUUCUUCCACACGCUGCUGAACGUGCCGGACUGCAGCUCUCUGCCGUGUCUGCGCAGCCUUCGCCUGCGACUCGACGCCGUCCUACAGCAGAAUUACAGCAGCAAACUGCGCAGUCUGAAAAACAGGCUGGUGGUGCAGAUCCUGGAGGCCCGCUCCUCUCGCAGAUGAUGCUCCGGCUCCCAAAGCUUCAGUCUGCCGGCAACACCGGGGCUUCAUUCAGCCGCAUUCAAACACUCACUCUCUGUAGAAUGACAGACUGAUUAGUGUUUUUCAUUGCUACUUUCAUUUUACUAGAUUUUAAAUUGUAAAAAAAAAAAAAAGUAAAUUAAGCCUUUUGUAUAUUUCAAUAAAUCUUGGUUUACAAACCCCCUUGUGUUUUCUUGCAGUUCAUCUGUGUCACACAAGAUGACGCUGUAGGACAGCUUUAUUUGUUAAAAACAAAUGCUUGAAUCAAGUGUAGAUCGCUUUGUAAUUAAAUAAUUAGUUAUACAAGAUAAUUAUCCAAAAGCACACUCCCAUCGAAGGUGGCCUGUUAACUGGUGGUCAAAUAAAUGAAACUGUAAAAAAAGAUUAGGUUGGUUUAACUGUAUUGUAGUAUUGUAGCCUAUGUUUAAUAGUCCAAUAAAUGUCUGAAUUUAAUGUGUAGCAGUAAUGUGUAGUUUUCUAUGGGUGAGAUCAUGUCCAGGAGUGUGAUCCGGAUCUCUUCAGAGCGGCUGUGAAUGACCGAGGCCCCGGGGCUUUAGCUCUCAGGAGCCGCAUGCACUCCCGUACAGAUACAGACCCAUAUAUAUGCGUGUUCACACAAUACAUUUUACCAGAACAAGCAGCAAUUAUGGAGACAAAACAAGCCCACCAAUUGCAUAAAGCUAAUUUCAUGCUUUGUGGUAUUACAGCGGUACCAGCCGAACAAGCCCUGCUAUUUUUAUUUUUUUUUUUGCCAGAACAUAAGUGAGCCAAAUUUAGCGAAAACUUCAUUUGGAUUAAGAAUUACUAACGUGCUAUUUAUAGAGAUGCACUGAUUGCAUGUUUCCUGGCCAAUUCCAAUUUCCAGAGUGUGACCUGC